AUGGUGUCCCUGAAAAGUACACAAUUUGGGAACCAUUGUCUUAAGCAAUAUUAUUUGUAAUUGAGCUUAAACUUUUUUUUAAAAUACUUUUUUAAAUUUUAUUAGUUUGAAUAUUUACAAUCCAUACUAAUUGUAUGGAUUGUAAAGUAAAUUUGAUUAAAUAUAUAAUGUAUUAAGAAAGUCUCUAUAUCAUGAAUAAUUUUAAUCAUUUGCACAGGUUGUUUGUGAGGGCUUUGGUGUAGAGUUGUAGAAGUACAAUUAUUUUGGCAUGUAACCUCUGAUAAAACAUACAAGUGAUGCACUGGUAAAAAUUUGAAUAUAAUAAUAACAUAAUAUAAAGAAAAAAUUAUAAAUACAGAUAUUUUAAUAACCAAAGGGUAAAAUUAUGUAAUAUGAUGAUAUAUUAUGCAAUAUGUUAGAUAUUACUCUUAAAUUGAUUUAAUUUAAGGCGGAAGACAUUGAUUACUAUAGGUAAUUUGAUUAAUGGUGUAUUGAAUUAUUGAACUUUAUUUACCAUGUGUCUUGCUGUUUGUCAAUUUUUAUACUGAUCUAAUAUUAUUCAACUGCCUAACCUAACCGAUUUAUUGAUAUGUUUUAAAAUUUUAAUUUGCUUUCCUAAUAUCACAAAUAAUAAUAUUUUGGAAUGUAAUUUAUAGGUGUUUAAAUUAAUUACAUAUCCUAUAAAAUAACAGUUUUUUUAUUGUUGAAUUUGAAUUAAUAUUUGUUUUUUAUUAUGUUUAGGUGGUUGUCAAGUUCACAGGCAGUUCCAUAAAAAACAACCAUUUUUUUUGAUAACUUUGAGUUCAGAUAUAAAUAUGCAAAACACCUGUAUACAUUUAAAGUUAGUAAUAUUGUUUAUUGAACCAUAAAUGUUGUCAAAACGAUUAAAAACCCUGGGAUAAUCCAUAAUUUUGAAGUAUGACUGUAAAUUCAUAAAAUAUUUUAAACUUGACAACUUAUAUCUAUGAACUGAUCUGUUAUCAUCAGUUAGGUAGUUUAGUGGUUCGGGUCUUAGAUGUAUUAGAUCAUGUUAGGUUAGAAUGUCUUUUGAAUACAAUGUAUUUAGACACAGUUGGGUUUUUUUAGUUUUAAUUUAUCCUAUUUUCAUCUAGUAUUUUUUAUAACAACAUACCGUAAAUGUAUUACUUAUUAAAUAUUGGUAAAAAUACACACUAACCAAUAUAUUGCUAAAAUUUAUUUUUGUAUAACUGUAUAAUUUUUUUCUACUGGUUGCGAAAUUCUCGAUGCAAAACUGAUAGGUCUUUCUGAUUUGUCAGGAAAAACAUGUAAUAAUACUCUCCCUAUUACUACAUUACAUGCAUCACAUACUAAUUUUAUUGGGAGUUUUGGAUCAAAAUGACUUAAAUACCUAUCUGAUACUAAUUCUUCUUUAAUUUUUGUAAAAGCUUCUUCAUGAUGCUAUCUCUAAUAGAAAUGUUUUUCUUUUAAAAGUCAAUAAAUUGUUGCUAACAAAUUUGUUGUCAUAGGUAUAAAUUUACUAUAAUAAUUUACCAUGCCUAAAAAGCUUUCAAUUCUGUGAAAUUGGUUGGAAUUGGUAUCAUUACAAUGGCAUCAUCAAGUUUUUCUUUUUCUUUAAAAAGACCAUCUUUAUUAAUGACAUGAACUAAAAACUUAAUAUAUUUUUGAAGAACGUUCAUUUAUCUAAAUUUAACUUAAGUCCUGCUUCUUUCAGCCUUUUGAAGACUUCCUUUAAUUUAACUAAAUGGUCCUGUUUUUAAUUUUUUCCAGUAACUGUGAUGUCAUAAACAAAAAUUAUCACUUCAUUCACACUUUGCAAAACUUUUUUUAUUAUUUUUAUAGAAGCUCUUACAGCUGGCUUCAGACUAAAAGUUAACUUAUUUACCUUAUAAAUACCUUUAUGCACACUCCAAGCAAGCAAAUAUUUAGUCUCUUUCAUUAUUUCUAAUUGAUGAUAUGUAGUUGUUGAAUCUAAUCUAGUGACAUAAUCACUUUCACUAAGUUCUGAAGAAAUCUCUUCAAUUCUUGGCAAUGGUUUUUUAUAUUUUUUACUAUCUUGUUUAUAGUAAUUUUAUAAUCACCACAUAAUCUUAUUUCUCUAUUAGGCUUUGGAACUGGUACUAAGGGUAUGCCCCAUUCAUUUUUAUUAACCUUUGUCAUUAUACCUAUUUUUUCCAACCUGUCAAUUCUAAACCUAUUUUAUUCUUAAAUGCAAAAUGCAUUGUUCUCGGUUUACAUAAAACUGGCUCAGCACCUUGCUUAAUUUUGAAAUGAACCUUGUCUCCAUUAUAACAACCUAAUUUGUUGUUGAAAAGAUUUGAAAAAUCUUUUAAUAAUAUAUUUAAUUCUUUAUCAGGUGAAGAAAUCUGAUGUGCAUCAAUUGUACCCUUUAAUGAGAACCCUAAUUUUCCAAUAAGGCAUCUACCUAAAAGUGUUUUAACAUUUUUUUCUAUAAUAAUGAAAACACUUGUGCUUUUAAUGUCACCAUACUUAAUAUUGACUCUAAUUUCAUCUUCUGGAACCAUUAUUGAAAAAUCAUACAAUUUUAAUUUUACCAACAUUUUUUCUAAUUUUGAGUAUUUUAAAAAUAUUUGCAAGGACAUUAUCGUAAUGAUGAAGAAUUGAUCCUUCCUAUCAAUAGGUAAAUUAUCAACAAUAAUUUUCACAAUAAAAGGCUUUUCAUUUUCUGAUCUGACAAGGACACAAAACAUGUCAACAUAUUGUAAACCAACAUCAAGAUUCUAGUUCUUCGAACAAUAUACAUAAUAAGUGAAAUUAUUUUUAAAUUUAGGAUAGACUUUAAUUAAAUGUCCUUUAGAUUUGCAAUUUUUACAUACCUACCCCUUAUACACUUGGCGUCACAAAAAUCGCACAUCUUUAAAAUUAAGUUUCAAACGGGCAUUUCCCCGAACCAAAACAUUUAAUCCAAACAAUAAAGAUAUAAAUUGAAAGUACAGUUAAUGACCUCUUAUCCGAUAGUAGUUUCAUUUCAUAAACAAUAAUCAUAUUCCGAGUAUACGGUGCAUUAGGAAAAUGUAUAAAUAUACUCCUAUCUUAUCUUAUAUUCUUUGCCUAUAGAAAAAUCAGUUUAAAGUGUCAAAUGCAGGUCAUUCACUUCCUAAACAUUGAAAAGGACGUAUGUGAAUACUCUUUAAACAAUAUUAUUUCAAAAAAUAACGUAUUAAAUGGAUACAACUGCUAACGAAGCCGCUCAAGUGGUAGCAGUAAUGGAAUCAGGGAUGCAUCAAUGUGAUGUUGCACGGCAACUAAACUUGAGCCGUUUUGCCGUUCGAGUUUUCCAACGUUAUCAAGAGACUGGUGGCUUUAUCUGGAGGAAUGGAUCAGGCCGACAACGCUGCACAACGGACAGAGAUGAUCGUUUUAUUGUCUCGACGUCUUUGCGNCGCAUUAAUUGUAAAAAAUUAUACGGAAGAGGUUGGGAUCCCUGUUAUGAACUGGCCAGCGAGAAGUCCAGACCUAAACCCAAUUGAGCACCUCUGGGACGAAUUAAAACGAAGAGUGCGGUCACAUGAUCCUGCCCCAACAACCCUCCAAGAUCUUCAAUAUGCUGUUGUUGCGGAAUGGGUGAACAUUCCUCAAGAAUGCAUCUUACGACUCAUAACUUCUAUGAAAGAUCGUAUGGAAGCAGUAAUUAAGGCAAGAGGAAGUAGCACUAGAUUUUAAAUAACAUUUAGUAACAGUUUUUUAUUUUUAUAUGAAGUCUAUUGUCUGUUUCUGUUUAUAAAACUGUAUAUCCUCAAUACAAUUUGUUUUCCUCUUCCACGAUUAACUUAUUUUUUAAAACACUGAUAAACAAAAACACAUACCAUUUAUUUAUUUUUCAAGUUUAUUUCAUCACCUUUCAAAUGAUAUAUCAUAACAGUACCCUUAUAUAUGAUUAAGUGUAGUUAAAAUUACUUUGAAAAAUAAUUUGCAAUAGGUGCGAUUUUUGUGACGCCAAGUGUAAUUGCAUUUACUGAAAUUAUGUUUUAUACCGCUACAGUGGUUACACUUUGGCACAUUAUUAUUGUUAUUAUUAGAUGCAUUUUUAUUUUCUUUAUUAUUGUUAACAUUUUUCUUACCGUUAUUACUUUUUUUAAAUUAUAAUUCUCACCUUGAGUUGUUUGAAUUUUGUGAACUGAUUGGUCAUUUUGAUUGUUUCUUGAAAAUAUUAAUGAAUAUUUUUUUUUCCCUUGCAAUGUCAAGAAUUUGUUCUAAAGUUGCAUUUGGCCCUUCUUCACAUACACACUCUACCAAAAAGCUUGUACAAAGUCCUGUUACAAAUCUGUCUUUUACAGAGUCAUUUGAUAAUUCACCAAAACCACAACUUACAGAAUUGCUUUUUACACUACCAUACCAACUGGCAGUAGCCAGUUAUAGCCAGUAAUCAGUAGUGUCAUGUUUACCUUGAAUUAAGUUAUUUUAUUCUAAACUGUAUUUGAAAGCAGAAACUUUUUUUGAAAAUUGACUUUAAAAUAUUACACAAUUCUUCAAGAAUUUGUUUAUGUUCCACUAGAUUUCAUAGAUCUGAUAAUAUUUUAAGUUCAUCAAUUCCAACAAAUGUAAUAAAAGUAGAAACUUUUUAAUUAUCCAACAAUUAUAUAUUGUUCUAACCUUGUCUAAUAUAUUUUCCAGCUGUUCUUGACUUUGAAUUCUGGCAUAGUACCUAUAGCUGUAUGUACUACAAUGGUUGACUCACCAAUGUAUUUGGAACGUUUGUAUGUUCUUCCUAUAAGUAUUUAUUUCUUGUUCUAAAUUGAUAUGAGCUUUCAUUAGCUUUUGUUCUUUUUUCUUUUUGUCUAUUAAUUUUUGCUUUUUUACUAAUUGCGUUUAAUACUCAGCAAUAGUUUAUUUUAAUGUCUUUUCUUUUUCAGACAUUUUUGUCUUAAAAAAGUGAUGCAAAUAAAUAUGUGAUAUAUUUAUACAAAAAAUUAUUUUUGCGAACAAAAGAAAAAUAACCUCUACACAAAUUCAAUAAUUUUUUUAACGCCUUUAAUAAAUUAUUAUUUUAAAGACACCUUGUCAAUAUUUUUUUUUUCCUUCAUCACCAAUGUAAUAUAUUGAAAUAAAUUAAAAAUAAUAAUAAAAAGACUUGACAAUGAAUAUUUAAUAAUGAAUAUUAACAAUAUAACAAUGAAUAUUUAUAAUUAAAGUAAAAACUAAACUAAAUCUUGUGCAACAUUUUUUUAUCUGUGUUUGCCAUCAGCAUUGUUGCCAAUGUCAAUCUGUUUUCUGAACAUUUUUCAUCUGUUUCCAAACUGAUGGUUUCUUUUCCAUAGAUCCCUUGAUGAAGGUAUUUUCCUGAUUUUGUAGAAAAUUAAAUCUAUCACUACUAUACUAUUUUAAAGUCUGGUUGCCUCUUUCUGGUGACUAACUAUAGGCCAAUCUCUAUUCUUAGUCAUAUUCUGAAAAUACUUGAAUCUCUUGUCUUAGAUGCUAUUCAGCCCUCAGUAAAUCUAAUUUUAAAUAUUGAAACCUACAUGUAACCUUUUUUUUUGAAACUACAUUUUUAAUGUAGUUAUUGAUGGUAAAUGAGUAGAGGUAAUCAUAUGGACUUUGCUAAGGCUUUUGACUCUGUUAACCAUAAGGUCCUAGUUGCUAAUUUCAGAUUUUGGUGACCCUCCUUUUCUUGUUUAAUUCAUUUUUAACUAAUCGCUCGCAAUGAGUAAAUUUAUUCAAAAUUAAGUCUGAAGUAUUUCCCUCUCCAUCUAGUGUCCCCCAAGGUGGCCAUCUGUUCCCUUUACUUUUUUCUUUGUUUGUUAAUAGGGCUUGUUCAUUUCUUAAAUAUUGUCAGUUGUUAUGCUUUGUGGAUGACAUGAAAUUAUUUCUUAAGGUUAACUCUUUCUUGUCUUAAUUGUCUUAAUCUACAAAUUGACUUCAAUAAUUUCGUCACUUGAUCCGAAUCACUUGGAUUGUCCUUCAACAUUUCUAAAUGCAGGUCUGUUAUUCACCCAUGAGCGCUCACCUAUAUUUUUUUCUUACUCUAUUAAUGGUGCCAACUUGCUUCCUAUCAACUCUAAGGCCAUUUACACACGGAGCUAUUCAUUAGAAACUAAUUACUGACAGAAAUCACUAACCAGUCCACUUUGAGUCGCAAUGUUUGUUAUUCAAUGGAACACAAUGGCAACUCAUUGAAUAUGUAAUUUUUAAUAAUGGUUAAAGAAAAGAAUACACAUGGUGGUAACCUUAAGUUUGUCUUACAUAAAACUUUCUUAACAUAAAUGAUAGUGAUAAUAAUAAUAAUAAUUAAAAAAAAAACAUUAAAAACAAAUGACUUUUCUUAUGAAUUAAAAAAACUGUAACAUAAAAUUUAACAUCUUGAUUAUGGACUUCAACACUUUGUCCUCGAGAGCACAUUGACAAUAUCACCUGCAAGGUGUUUAAAGUUUUAUGUUUUAUUAAAAGAGCAGCAAUUGAAUUCAAACUCUCCCACUCUCUUAAAUCACUUUUCUAUUUUCUUGUCAGGCCUAUUAUUGAAUAUGGCUUGUUGUUUGGGAUCCUUAGACUGUGGACAACACUUGCAAAUAACUCAAGCAUGCCCAGCACAGAUUUUUUAGUUUCGUAAAUUAUACUUUUAAUAUUAACUGUGUAUCUUAGGACUACACCCCAUUGUCUUCCAUUUUCUAAAUCUCACUACCUUAGCCGAUCACAAUCUCAAUAAAUCUUUUUUUCAAAAAUUUCUCUCUGGCUCAGUUGACUUUCCUUCCCAACUUGCAUUUUUAAAUUUUAAGGUACCACCUGGAAUUAUACAUUUUUAUUACUCCACGUUACCCAGCCAAUUAUUUUAGUUGAUUGCUGUAGAAAUGAGGCUUAUCUGAAACUUUGUCAUAUGGCACAAUAAUCAAUAUAUUUUCAGAAAAAAAGCCAGAAAAUUUUUUUUUAAAAUAAUGUAAAAUGUUUGUUUUAUUGUUUAACAAACAAAUUAAUGCUGUUUUAAAUUAAUGUAAUAAAUUGUGUUACAAAAUAACAUUUUAUGUUUGAAUGUAUAUAUCAUGAUUGAUUGGUGAUUUAUUUAUGAAAAUUAAUUAUAUAUUAUUAAAGAUUAAAUAAUUUACCUAUUUUGUAUGUAACAUACUAGCACUGGUUUAUACAAAAUUAUUGGUAUUUUUGGAAUGGAAAUUGAACUUUUUUUGUUGAUUUAUGGGUAACUUUAGUGACAUGUAAUGAAAAAAAAACAGUAAUAAUAUGUAUUUAAUUUUAUUUUCACUGUUCAGGAAUUAUCUUCUUUAAAGCAUAAAUUACUGAGCAUCAAUUAUUUACUGUAGCAGGGACAGAAGUGAACUGGAAAUUAAUUCUAAUUUUUAAUUCAGAACUAUUAGUACAAUACGGAUAUCAUAAUACUCCAGGCUACACAUUUAUUUAUUUAUUUAUAUAUUUUAUUCUAAAUUGAAGGCAUUAUCUUCUUUUUGUUUUUUAAUUUGACUCAUAGUAAAUAAUUACAUUUGUUUUUUUUAACAAAAGUUUAUAAAAGUUAACUAAUUUGUUCAACUUGGGCACAACAAAUUAAAAAUAUUAGGUAGAUAUUAUGUACAUUAUAAUAUUAUAGCAUAUAUUAUUAUAAUGAUUUACAAAUAUUCAUUAUGUUAUUCAUAAAAAAAAAAAAAAAAAAAUGGGUGUGCAUGAGACCUAACCUAGCCCAACAUCUUUAUAAGAUUCCUUUCAGAAAAUGUGCUAUACUUGAAAAUCUCAGAAAAAUGUCUAGUAUAAAAGUUGUUCACAGAAAAACAAGUAUUGUAAAACCAAUAUAUUCAUCACUUCGUUCAGAAUUUAAAAUGUGUUUACACCAUAAGUAACUUAUAACAAGUAUAAUGUACCUGUACCAAUUUAUCUAAUGAACUUGAUUGAUAUAUUUAUAUUACUGCUGACUGGUAUUACUUAAAAUUAAACUAGAGUCUAUACUUAAGACUAAUUUUUCUAUACCUUUUUAUUGUCGUGACCGCCUAAAUGAAUAUUCAAUUUUUUUAGCCACCACUAAAUAUUAUAUUUUAUACAUGGUGAUCCAAUAUUUUAUAUUUUUGGUGACCCUAAAUAAUUAGUUGUCGAUCCCAAGGGAUCGCACUCCCCAGGUUGAGAAAUACUGGUAUAGACUAUUGUACUAUUUAAAUAUUAUGAAUUAAGUUAUUAUUACUUAAAAACUUCACAAUAUUAUUACCCUUUAUUAUUCUGGCAAAUGCAGUUCAAUGUACAUAGUAUUAAUCAUUUUCUUAUCAAUGGUAUAGGAAAUAACUAAGACCACGAACUAAGAUAUAUCUUAGUAUAUCUUAGCGCUAUGAACUAACGCUAAAGAAGUUGGUAGCAUGACAAAUAGAUCCCGUGUCGUCGAGACCCGGGUAAAUAUUCUGAUAAGAAUUUAUACCAGGUCAGAGACAUUCAGAUCUCGAGACAUUAUGGUCCCGAGUCAUUUAGAUCCAUGACAUUUUUAGAUCUCGGACAUAUGGAUCCAUUUAUUAAUAAUUGGUAAACUAUGUUAAAAAUAAACACAAUGAUUAAUACUUUAAUCACUUUACUAGUGGCUCAUCUCCCAUACAAAUUUUGUAAUUUUGAACUUACAUAGAAACCCUCAUGUCAUAGUUUCAAGAAUAUAAGUAUACAAAAUACUUAAUGCUAUUCAAUUUCAAUCUACCUAAUGUUAGUUUAAUGGCAUGGUGUUAUUAAAUUAUUGUUUGAGAAAAUUUAAAAAAUUUAUUCAUACAGUAAUUUAAUUAUUAUUGCUUAGGCAUUGGAUUUUCGAGAAUCGUAUUUACCCUUACCAAUGUAACCAUAUUCUUCUAACUUCAUGGCAAUUUAAUACAUUGUGGCACUUAAAUGACACUGAGUUCGGGGUUCUGGCAAAUGCGAAGUUCAUAUUGUUAAGAUUAUUGUGAAGGGGUAUACUAUUUGAAAGUUCUGAAAAAUAUCAACCUUUGUAUCUACGACAUACCAGCUAUUAUGAUAAUUGUAUAUACUGAUAACAUUCGGAUAUCUGGACUUUUAUAUCAAGACAAUUUGAUCCCGCGACGACUGGAUGCACACUGUUACCAAAGGUAUGUUUGAGAUCUAUAUGACCCGGGUCCUAUAUGUUCAUACACCGGUGAUGUUGACAAUGAACAGCGACAAUAUGGCUCAAGAAAAACCUCAGUUAAUUAGAAAUAUAAACUAAUAUAAUAUUUGCAACCGGGCAUUAUUAUUAUCAUCUAAUGUUUUCGAUUAUCACCACAAUAACGCAAAACGUUGAUAAUAUAGACGAUAUAAGAUAAUUAUGCAUUACAUUAUCUAUGAUUGGUGUGACCCGGCAAUAAUUAACUUUAAGAUAUCUCAGGGUUCGUGAUUAUCGUUAUUUAUGUAUAUUCAAUGCAUCAGUGUUCAUUUUACAAUUACUACGGAGCGCGCCGUAAGACAUUUCUUAUCGGUUUAAAGUAAAACACAUUUUACGUUAUCGCGCCUUGUUGUGUAAUCAACCAGUAUAUUUGUUAUCGUGAUGUCAAGAUAUUGUGAACAAUAACGUUAAACAAUAUUGUCAUGUACAGAGCCACGAGCAAAAUAACUGUUUAAUAACGUAUUCGAACCAAUUAGAGAAUCGUCGUUGAUUUGUUUUUCACUAUUGACGUAUCGUCUCUGAGUAGCUUAUCUAUUUACAAGAACCAUUUUAACAGAUAAAAGAAAUGUUGAUUUCAUAAUAUUUACUCAGACUAUGCGACAUUUACAAUUAUGUAAUGUGAUUUCCAUAUUUUAAUCGUAUGGGUAUUUAUUUUUUAAAUGUUAGGUCGCUUUAUUUAGUAUUUAACAGUGAAUAACAAUCGUAUUCGUAUUAAAUUAACGUGUUAUUGUCUUUAAUUAAUUUCCUCGGAUUCUGUUGUAGAUUGUGAAAAGUAUACUAAUUGUUUCUUAUCACUCGCAUAAACUGUUUAGGUACUUAAAUUGUUUAUGAAGCCGAAAAAUUACUGAAAAGUAUAAUAGCAAAACAUUUAGCUUUUUAUAUAAAGUAAAUAUAUUUAUAAAUUAUACAAUAUAAUCUAUCCAUAUUGCAGUUUGUAUUUUGUUUAUGCUAAUCUUUAAUAUUUUUUUUUUUUUAGUUUUCGUCAACUUCUAAACUACUAUUUUUGAUAAAAAUGAGUUUCUUAUAUAAAGGAAAAAUUCACAAUAUUCCAGAAGUUAAAUGUUGGUAUCCUCAAUCAAUUGUUUACGAUCCAAUAAAAGCUGGUAGUUUGGACAGCACUGACAUUGAACCGCACGAUGCUGCAAUCGCAAGAGCAGUGAAAUCAACGUAUAAACCCAGUUAUAAAGCGUGUGGAAAUCCAUUGAAUACAAUAUUUGUUGGAAAAUUAAGCCUAGAUACAACGGAAGAUGAUUUACAACACGUAAGAAUUGCUGAAUACUAUACAAUCAUUAUCAUUAUUAUUUUUUAUUUCUCUGAUCAUAUCAAUGGCUUUAUUUUUUUUCCUGUGUUUGAAUCGGUAGCAGUGAGGGAUCUGUUUUCACAAUAUUUCUCCACUGCUGCCAUUGUUUAUUGAAAAAUUACAUAUAAUUCACACAUACAGGUACUAUAAAAUGUAGUAAAAGUAAUCCUAUAUUUAAUGCUGGGUCUGCUCAUGCAUUUUUUUUGGGGCCCAAGUAGAUGUAAAAAGUGGGAAGUAGUAAGCACUGUCGAUAUAAUGCCAAUAUGGUUUAUUGGUGUACAUAGACACGCAGGUGUAAACCUAACUUAACACUAUUACAGUUGUCCAAAUCUAUAGUUUAGUACACAAAAUAGGUAGCUAUACACGAAAUAAUUUUUGAUGGAUUUGGUCUCCAGCAGAUUAAAUCCUUUAAAAAGUCUUACUGUGUGUAGUAUCCAAGGAUUCAAUCGCUAAAUAAAAUAAAUCUGGCAGAUUUAUUUCAAUGGAUCGUUUCUCCGCUAAUAAGCGGAACGAAUCUGACAGACCUACUAUUAUUUAUUAUCUAUUAUUAUUAUCAUAAAACAUUAUCUGUUAACUUAUCAAUAGGUUUUGUUCAAUUUUUUUUUGCUUAACAUUAAAAUAGCCAGUGCUGUAACUUGAGGUUGGUGAAAUGAGCAGUUGCCAAGGGCGCAACAAAGUAAGGGGGCGCAUUUGAGUUAAAUUAAAAUUGGUUUAUUAUAUAAAAUUUAUUUUUCUUAUAAAUUAUGAAUGGUCAAUGUUGUAUUAUAGAAAGUUUGAUUGAUUUAAUUGUAUCCAAGGAAUAGAUUGGUCAUGGACCAAGGACCAAAUUAAUAAAUACAAUUUUGCAGCAACAAAAGCUAGAAAAAUUAAAUUUGAAUAUUAAUGACAAUGAUUUAUUGUAAUAUUGUAUUGUUUAACAUAAGGUACAUGCAUUUAUAUAUAAUAAGAAACAUGGUGCCUUUUUGUUUAUUUCUUGUAAUUUAAUAUUAUCAGUAAUCUAUUUUAACUCAUUAACUAUAAUGAAUCAAUAUUUUAAACAAUAUGGCAGUAUUUUGAUUAACAAGUAAGAAUGCAAUAGAAUAAUAUUAUAAAAAUAAUAUCCUUAAAUGAAACAAAAAAAAGCUCCAAAAUAAAAUUUGCCAAUGGUGCCAUGGUAGGUAGUUACAGAACUGAAAAUAGCCAUCAUGCUUUAAUAAAAUUUUAUUAUUUAUAUGGUUAUUAUCUGUUACUAAUUGGUUGUACAUUUUUGUUUUUCUUAACUAAUAUUUAAUUUAAUCAUCAAAGUAAAUGCUAAUGAUAAACUAUGUCAAGCAGCCAAAAUUUGGUCAAUUUGGCUGUUGACAAUGAUUAAAAUAUUAGACCAUAAUGUAGUAUUUUUUCUGAAAAUAAUUAAAUUGUAUUUUUUUUUCAUGUAAUUUUUUAGUAGAUUACUUUAUCAAUAUAGAUAUUAUAAGACAUCAAUAUAUUGACAAAUAUAUCCAAUUUAAAAUUAGUAAUCACAGACUGAUUUUCAAUUAAUGGUAUGUUUUUUCAGUUUAUAAAAAUCGACCUAUGAAAGUAAAAACUGAUUAAAGUUUUCAAAUUACUUCAAUGUUUCUGAUACUCAUUCAGUAGAACAGAAUAAUAUAAGUUUUAAAAGAAGAUAGUAUAUUACAUCUAGUUUUAAAAAUAAUUUAAAGACUUAUUAGGUUAUUAUGAAUAAUAGUUAAAACCAUAGAUUGAAUACAUAGUCAUACAUAGUCUACCACUAUGGUAUUAUACUAAUUAUCAUUAAAUUGUUUUCUUAACAAAUAAGAUUUACUUUAUUUAGAACAAAUUUAUAAUUACAAACAAAAUAUUUUAUUAAUGUUAAUUAUAUCUGUGAAAGGUUGACAAUUUAUUUGGCAUUAUUAAUUAUUUUUCCAUUGCUAUUAGUGUUAAGUGCUUUAUUUUUACACUUAUUAUUUUAUAAUUAAUAAAACUAUAAGCAAGAAAUAAUUAUCUUAAAUAUUGUUUAAAUGGUAGUUUUUUAUGUUGUUGCAACUGAUAAGUUAUAGAUAACUAUACAUUGAAACCAUUAGUAAUGAAAAUUGUUUGUAAACAUUUCAAACUACUUUCCUGAAAAACUUUUUUAAAUUAUAAUUUAAACUGCUUUACUAAACUAUUGUCAAAACAAUAAUUAUAUAGAGAUUUAAUUAAAUUUGGGACUUAAAAUUAUAAAUACACUUUUGAUAAUUUAUUUUAUUUUGUUUCAGGAAUUCAGUCGCUAUGGUAAAUUGGUAGCAUUGAGACUAGUCAGAGAUAUUAUAACAGGCGAAAGCAAAAGGUAUGCUUUUGUAGAAUACCAAACGUUUACAAUGGCAUUGGAUGCUUAUAAAUUUGGUCGAUCAUUAUUACUAAAGAAAUCCGAGAUAUUUGUUGAUUUUGAAUGUGGACGUACAUUGCCAGGAUGGAAACCUCGAAGAUUAGGUAUAAUAUUAUCACUAGUUAAUGUUAAUUCUGUAGAAUAUGUUAUUAUAUAUAUAUUUCUAAGGUUCAUAUUUGGUGUCAUUAUUAAUAAGUAGUUAAAAAUAUCUACUUAAAUUCUAAAAAGAAUUAUGAUAGUUGAUAUAAAUGAUGAGACAUUUUUUUGAAUUUAUGAGAAUAAAAAUUUAAGUUUAAUUAGUUACUGAAAAUCUGAUAGAUCAUCUAUCAAAUAAUAAUAAAAAUAAAAACAAAUUCUUCAAAAUGUGAAUCUUAGUAAUUAUUAUAUAAAAAAUAUAUUUUUUAAAAUUUAUUUGAUUUAAAUUUUUAUAGGUGGUGGUUGGGGAGGUCAAAAACAAUCUGGUCAACUUCGAUUUGGUGGUAGAAUUAGACGAUUCAAAAAACCAUUAAAUUUUUUAGCAGUUGAAUUUAAAAGACCAUUUCUAGGGGAUAGAGAAAAAAGAACAUUUUCAACUAAACCUGCUGAUUCAACUGUACAUUCAUCAAGAACAGCCCAUUCAUCUAAACCUUCAUAUUCAUCAAACACAGCACAUUUAUCAAAAAUAGCAGAUUCAUCUAAAAAAGAACAUUCAUCUAAACCAGAAUUAGAAAAAGCACCUUCCUCAUUAAAUGCAUAUUCUUUGGAAACUGCACCUUUAUCGAUGACAAAUUUUUCAUCAAGAAAAACACCUUCAUCUCCAACUGCAUCUUCAUCUGUCAUGACUAUGCCAUCAUAUUUCAGUUAUGAUUCAACUGCAUAUGAUCUGUCUUCUAUUAGCUUACCACCAAGUCCUCUUUUCCCGCCUUUACCCCCAAGUUCAUCUUUACCACCUUUACCACCUUUACCACCAACUCCAUAUAUACCGCCUUUACCCCCAACUCCAUCUUUACCGCCUUUACCCCCAAGUCCAUCUUUACCGCCUUUACCACCAACUCCAUCUCUACCGCCUUUACCAACUUCAUCUCUACCACCAUUACCACCAACUACAUCUCAACCGCCUUUACCACCAACUCCAUCUCAACCGCCUUUACCACCAACUCCAUCUCAACCGCCUUUACCACCAACUCCAUCUCAACCUCCUUUACCACCAACUCCAUAUUUACCCCCAACUCCAUAUUUACCCCCUUUACCACCAACUCCAUAUUUACCACCUUUACCACCUACUCCAUAUUUACCGCCUUUACCACCUUCACUGCAUUUAUCAUCAAGCGAUUUAUCUUUAACACCUCCAGACUAUUGGAAUAUAAGUUUACCACCCUCACCGACUAUAUGUUCACCAAACCUUGCACAUUAA